UAUUUUUUUAUGUUUGAAGAAACAAACAGACCGGAUUUGUGUGUAGACACCAGAUAGGAAAAAUGAUGGCGGAGGAUCUGGGUGUGGAAGCGAAGGAGUCGGCGGUGCGCGAGGUCGCGAAGCUAUUGCCGCUGCCGGAGCUUCUUCAGUCCAUCGCAUCCAUCAAAGCCGAUUACAUUACUCGCCAGCAGGCAAAUGAUGCACAGCUUAGUACAAUGGUUGCAGAGCAGGUUGAACAGGCACAAGCUGGGCUGGAAUCUCUUUCCUCAUCUGAGAAGACAAUAGACCAUCUCCGUGAAAACUUUGUUUCUAUUGAAAAGCUUUGUCAAGAAUGCCAAAACUUAAUUGAAAACCAUGAUCAAAUAAAGCUCCUUAGCAAUGCAAGGAACAACUUAAAUACAACCUUGAAGGAUGUUGAGGGCAUGAUGUCCAUUUCUGUUGAAGCAGCCGAAGCACGGGAUUCUUUGAGCGAUGAUAAGGAACUUGUUAACACUUAUGAGAGGUUAACAGCUCUUGAUGGGAAGCGGAGGUUUGCAUUAGCAGCUGCAGCAUCUCACAAGGAAGAGGUUGGCAGACUAAGAGAAUAUUUUGAAGAUGUAGAUCAGACUUGGGAGACAUUUGAGAAGAUAUUAUGGGGUCAUAUUUCCAACUUCUAUAAACUUUCUAAGGAAAGCCCACAAACUUUGGUUCGUGCUUUAAGGGUUGUUGAAAUGCAAGAAAUCCUUGAUCAACAACUUGCUGAGGAAGCCGCUGAGGCCGAGGGAGUUGGGGCACUGGCAUCAAUUGCAAAUCCUCGUAGAACUGCCAAGAAGUCAACCAAUGUAAAAGUUGCUUCAAAAAAUAUAACACCACAGCAGAAAUUGAAGGUUCAGGAAAAAGGCUAUAAGGAUAAAUGUUAUGAGCAAAUAAGGAAGACUGUUGAAGGACGAUUUAACAAACUUCUGACAGAGCUUGUUAUUGAGGACCUUAAAGCAGCGUUGGAGGAAGCUCGAACAAUUGGAGAAGAGCUCGGAGAUAUUUAUGACUAUGUUGCCCCUUGUUUUCCUCCAAGAUAUGAAAUAUUCCAACUCAUGGUAAAUCUGUAUACUGAGAGGUUCAUUCAGAUGCUUAGAUUGCUCAGUGACAGGGCGAAUGAAUUAACAAAUAUAGAGAUUUUGAAGGUAACUGGUUGGGUAGUUGAAUACCAAGAUAACCUGAUUGGGCUUGGUGUUGAUGACUCUUUGGCUCAAGUUUGUUCUGAGAGUGGUGCCAUGGAUCCCCUCAUGAAUGCAUAUGUAGAGAGAAUGCAAGCUACAACAAGGAAAUGGUACUUGAAUAUCUUGGAGGCUGAUAAGGUGCAGCCACCAAAGAAAACAGAGGAUGGAAAGCUGUAUACACCAGCUGCAGUUGAUUUAUUCAGAAUCCUAGGAGAGCAAGUGCAAAUUGUUCGGGAUAAUAGCACUGAUGUCAUGCUAUACAGAAUUGCUUUGGCAAUCAUUCAGGUCAUGAUUGAUUUUCAAGCCGCUGAGAGGAAGAGACUUGAAGAACCUGCUUCUGAAGUUGGUCUGGAACCUUUGUGUGCAAUGAUUAACAACAAUCUGCGCUGCUAUGAUCUUGCAAUGGAGCUAAGUAAUAGCACUAUGGAAGCUCUUCCACAAAACUAUGCUGAACAGGUUAAUUUUGAAGACACUUGCAAGGGUUUCCUAGAGUUUGCAAAGGAAGCUGUCCAUCAAACAGUUCGUGUAAUAUUUGAAGAUCCAGGAGUGCAGGAGUUACUCGUAAAGCUUUAUCAGAAAGAUUGGUGUGAAGGACAAGUUACAGAGUACCUGGUUGCAACAUUCAGUGAUUAUUUUACAGAUGUGAAGAUGUACAUUGAAGAAAGAUCAUUUAGGAGAUUUGUUGAAGCUUGCCUGGAGGAAACAGUGAUUGUUUACGUCGAUCAUCUUUUAAUACAGAGAGGCUAUAUCAGGGAAGAAACCAUAGAACGGAUGAGGCUGGAUGAAGAAGUUCUGAUGGACUUUUUUAGGGAAUAUAUAACUGUUUCUAAAGUCGAAAACAGAGUCAGGAUACUGAGUGAUUUAAGAGAACUUGCUUCAGCAGAAAGCCUGGAUACCUUCACGCUCAUUUACACGAAUAUUCUUGAACAUCAACCUGACUGCCCGCCUGAGGUUGUUGAGAAACUUGUUGCAUUACGGGAAGGCAUACCAAGGAAGGAUGCAAAGGAGGUAGUACAAGAGUGCAAAGAGAUUUACGAGAAUUCUCUUGUUGAUGGAAAUCCCCCAAAGGCAGGGUUUGUUUUCCCAAAAGUGAAGUUCUUAUCAGCUUCCAAGGGAUCUAUAUGGCGAAAGCUGACUUAGUAAUGCAAUUUCAAUACCCUUGCUUGGAUCGGAUGACCAUGCUAUCAGUUGUAUAGACCUUUAAUCUCUUUGUGAUGGAAGGGUAUUGCUUUUAUAAAUAGUGAAGAGGCGUUAGUUUUAUAGAGCUGUAAAUCUUUUUUCUUUUAAGGAAAGGUUACAUUUGUAUUAGUUUUUAUUUUUUAUUAAUGGUGAAGUCUUUGCUAUCUUGUGCGCAUGCUGUUCUCUCUGUCUCUCUCUGAUAAAUGAAAUUCAAGUUGUAUAAAGUUUAUUAAAUUACUUGC